AGCAACAGAAGAGAGAAGGAGAGAGAAAGAGAGAGAGAGAGAGGGAGGGAGAGAAUGCAUGGUGAAAAGCAAGCGCUUCCUCGUUCUUUUCCAGGGCCUUUGUGAAUAAACCAUGGGAUGUAUCGGUUCACGAACACUCACACAGUAGGUGGGGUGUCCACUAUCUCUUUCACCUAGCUACCUCUUUAUGGCAGAGCCAGGACAUUGAGGAUAUAAGCAGAUACAACCAGCGGCAGAUGGGGUUCCAGUACAGAAGGAUGGGGAACAGCAUGGCCGAACAGACUUUUCAUGGGAUGGAAUCAAUCUCUCAAUGGAGGACACAACCUCCAUCUUGCCUCGGCUAAAGAAGCGGAACUCCAACGCCUACAGCAUUGGUGCUCUGGCUAAGUCCUCUCUGUCAGGUGUGUCAGGAGUGACGCGCUCUAUGAAGGACAAGGUGACAAAGCCAACGGCCAUGGCACAAGGCCGUGUAGCCCACAUGAUCGAGUGGCAGAACUGGGGGAUGCAGACGGUGGGAGCUAGUGGUUCGGGUGCUGGUGGCCGAACCUCCACCAGACACCUCCAGCAGGAGCGCAAGCUGGAGAAUGAUGCCUACAGCGAUCUGAGCGAUGGGGAGAAGGAGGCACGCUUUGCUGCAGGGGUUUUGCAGCAGUUUGCUAUCUCUGAGGCUACAUUGCUGGCCUGGACCUCCAUGGAUGGAGAGAGUAUGAGUGCAGGAUCCAAUCAAGGCAGUGUUGCCCACCUAAGUGAGGCCAACCAAGAGAGCAUCACCAGCCGAGACCAGAUAUUGCACCACUCCUCUGCAGAAGUGUGGCCUCACACUUAUGUCUCCCAAGGUCUCUACUGCCUAUCCUCUUCGGAUGCUUGGGAGCCAAUCAGCAAUGAGCCGUCAGGUGUCGCAUCCCCUGCCACAGGCUCCUAUGUCAUGGCAGGCGGGACUUCCUGUGAAGGUGGCUAUGAUGGAAAUGCUGCAGCUCAUUUCCUGACGCAACAGCAGCAGCCUUUUAGCCUCCAGCAGCAUCAGAGCCAUUUACAGCAGAUCCAACAACUGCAGCAGAUACAGCAAUACCACCAACAGCAGAUCCUGCAGUAUCAGCAACAACAGCAGAUAUUGGAACAUAGACUACAGAGUGCCACUCAAUCUUUACAAGCCACACCCAAUAGCACCAUCCACAGUCUACCCCCACUCACCCACCCACCAUUGGUGGACUUGUGGGGGGCAGGGCAUGCAGAGACCUAUCAGGCAGAAGUGGGUGGCUAUAUAGGUGUGGCUGCAACAACUGAGGGAAGUCUGACAGCCCCCUCUGAGGAGGUGGGAACCGAACACUCACCCUUACUGGAGGCUCAGGAGGAGGAAGAGAUCAAGGAAGAAGAGGUUACAUUAUGCAUGGAACCAGAACCAGUGACUUUAAUCCCUUCUCCAGCUACACAGAGAGAGGAAAUGACCUUAGCUGGAGGAAACAGUCCAGGACAGGCCCCUGGGGAACCAAUCACAGAGUGGAAACCCACUGAUGUCACACCCUCUGCUACUGAAACGCUGGAGGAAAAAGAGGCGGAGUUAGAAAAAUCCUCAGCUGGCAUCACAGCAACCAAAUGAGUGUUAGAAGCAAGACUGAUUUUCAUGGACAUGUAAAGCUACAUAAUUAGCUCAUUUGAAUUAUUCUGUCACUUUUCAGGAAUUAACACCUUUGUGACAGAGUUUAUGUGACUCUUCAUACAAAAAGGUAAAAAGAACUGAGACAUUUUUAGGAAGCCUUAUACUUCUGAAGAGGAGGAUGGGAUGAGAGAGAGUGGGAGAGGCUAAAAAUAUACAUAAGGAUACAGAGAGUUAAGAAAAAUACAGAGAAAAAAUGGUUAAAUACAUGCAUGCUAUAUACAUGGAUGGUACUCAUCACUAAGAACAAACAUAAAAAAAAUGACAAACAUAAAAAAACUACAUCUAAACAUCUGAUACACCAAGAACAUAAAAUGAUUAAAUAUUUUGAAUAAAGAAGCAAAAAAACAUACAUAUCAAAUAUCUAUAAAGUCCCUACCAGCUAACAUGCAUACAAUUAAAACACAUGCCACAGAAAACAAAACUGUUAAAUUCAGCAUCACUUAAUGGAAAAGGUCUGGACAUCAGUUGAACAAACCUCCCUCUUAUCUUGUAAAAAUAUUCUCAAAUUCAUACUUAAAUUUAUAAUCAUACUUGCUUCUGAAGUACAGUAUCAUGGUCUGUUCUUACAGCACUGAAUAUAUCAAUACUUCUAGUAUACUGUAUCCUACCAUUAUACACUACCAAUAACACGUG